CUCAAAUCAGACAAGAACACGCACAAGUUACAUAUAUUCUCCCUCGCUCUCAAACCCUUCCACUCACAACGAGCUAGAGCUGGUCAUCUUCCUCCUCCAGGCCAGGUUGUAGAGCAUUCGGAGAGCUCAAGUUUGCCUUGUCCUCUCCUCGCAGAGUAGAAGAAGCUCCUGAAAGCCGCGAGACCAAAACACCAACCACCACGAACCAAACCGAGAGGAGGAAGCUCAGAGGUCGACCGACCCUGAAGGCCUGAACUCAUCACCCGCACCUGCGUGGACGAGAAGAUGAUCCCGUUCACGAAGAUGAAACGCUCCCUCCACUAGAUGCUCUGCAGCGGGAGCUCGCCGAAGGCACCGAUGGAUCUGCAACGCGGGGGCGGGGCGCGGCGGUCCGGCACCGGCGGCGGCAAGGCGGAGUCGGAGCGGAGGAAGCUGCGGCGCGUCAGGCUCCCCUUCUGGUCCUGCCCCCCGAACCGGCCUCCAGGCACCUGAGCGCCCUGCUGCCUCGUGUCUCCCUCUCCCUCUCCAUCUCCCUCCUAUUUCCAAAGCGAUCUCCAAUUCUCCAUCCAGUUCUCCAACAAGUUCCUCGGUCUACUAGCCGCUCCCGCUCUGGAACGACGGCAUGGCUCUGCUUUUCGUGUGAUCUCGUCGCGAGCCUGUUCCCACGGUCCCUGCCGUGCCGGGGCGGCGGCCUCGGGAGGAGGGCUCGUGUCCGGGCCGUGUCCUCGGGAACCAGGGCGUUGGUGCUGCCGCCGCUUGCCUUGCCUUGCCCCCCUGUCAGUCUCGCCGCCGUUCCUUGCCGGAGCUUGCGGGGCCUUGGGGAACAGGGGUGCUUGGACUUGGCUCCCUCCGAUCCUGUCGCGUGUUCUUGGCUCUUGUGACCGCAAGUUCUUGGGUGCGAGAGCUGUCUUGUCCCUGCUGAUCCCUUGGGACAAGCAACUGCUCUUGCAGUGCCUUGUUGGGAUUGCGAGGAAACAGGAGCCUUGGGGGCCUUGAUCUUUAUAUCCUGAUCCUGAUCGCCUUCUCCUGUGGCGUGUCAGCUCAAGAAGCUGUGCUCUCUGACUUCUGAGCUCCUGGCACUGCAUUUUUCUUCGCCGGCAAAAGUCGGUCCAGAGCUGCAGCUGCACUGUUAUGUUCUUGUGCCCCGUGGCCGUGGAUCGUCGUCGUCAUCCUGGAAGCUUUUCACGACGGCAUGGGCUCUGUACCCUUUAGUGACACGGAGCUCUUCGACGGGUUCUACGGUGGUUUCGGCGGCGGCGGCGGCUGUGGCCAUGGAUAUGAUGAGUAUGGACUUGGCCAGCUGGGCGCGUCGACGUCGCCUGUCCUUGCGGACGGCGGAACGGAGGAGGCGGACGGCGCUGCUGCCUCCACGGAGCUGCUGGAGGCGCCGAAGCGGAAGGGAGACCGCCGGUCCGAGAAGGCGGCGAUGGCGCUCAAGAGCCACAGCGAGGCGGAGCGGCGGCGGCGGGAGAGGAUCAACGCGCACCUCGCCACGCUCCGGACCAUGGUGCCCUGCACCGACAAGAUGGACAAGGCCGCGCUCCUCGCCGAAGUAAUAACGCACGUGAAGAAGCUCAAGACCAGCGCGGCGCGCAUCAGGAGCCACUGCGCCGUCCCGGCCGACGCGGACGACGUCGCCGUCGAGCUGGUGUCCCCGGACGCGGCGUCACCGCCACCGUCCCACGGCGGCGGCCUCCUCGUGAAGGCGACGCUCAGCUGCGACGACGGCGCCGACGUCUUCGCGGACGUCAGGAGCGCGCUGCGGCCGCUGAGGCUGAGGGUCGUCGGGUCCGAGGUCACCACGCUGGGCGGCCGCGUCCGCUUGACCUUCCUCAUCUCGCCGCCGCCGGGCGACGACGCGGGGCUCGCCGAGUCCGUGCGCCAGGCGCUCCAGUCAGUGCUCGACAAGGCCAACUCCGCGCUCGAGUUCGCGCCGAGGGCGUCGCUCCUGAACAAGCGCCGGAGGGUCUCCACGUUCGAGUCGUCAAGCUCCUCUUCUUGACGGCUUGCAGUGCUUAACAGGCGUCACGUAGUUAGUACUACUCCAAACUGAAGUGGUUUCUCAAAUUAACUUGGGUUUGCAGUGCUUGUGUAAUUUGAUUUGAUUUACUUUGUAAGAGCAUCACAAGAGAGAGACUGCUUAAUUGUGUUGGUAUGGUAGGACUGAUUAAUAACGACGCUCAUUUUCAAA